UGAGUAAAUACUCGUCCCCUAUUGGCCAACUCGUUCAGAUUCCGUUUUAGAGCUCCUCUCUUAGAAUCACCUUUCCCUUGCAGCUGAGAGCUAACCUACCUCCUCCUCCUCUCAUCUGUUCUUUGGCGAUUUCGCAGCAGCAGAGGAAAACUACAAAUCCUAACCUUCAAGAUGUACUCCAUUGCUAAACUCAUCGCCCCUGCUGCCAGGACUGCUCUGGUCUCCGGCUCAAGGACAGUGUACAUGAGGCCUCUGAGCAGCGCCGUGUCACAGACGACCCAGAUUAGCCAACAAAACACAUCCCCAGCCCCUGCCGUUAGUUUGUUACCCCUCGUACGAAGUUUCCAAACGUCAGCUGUAUCUCGAGACAUUGAUUCAGCAGCCAAGUUCAUUGGAGCUGGAGCUGCUACUGUCGGAGUCGCUGGUUCAGGAGCUGGUAUUGGAACAGUCUUCGGCUCCCUCAUCAUUGGUUAUGCCAGGAACCCUUCUCUGAAACAGCAGCUUUUCUCAUAUGCUAUCUUGGGGUUCGCCUUGUCUGAGGCUAUGGGUCUUUUCUGCCUCAUGAUGGCCUUCCUGUUGCUGUUCGCAUUCUAAAUUUCUGCAUUUUUAGUUUCACACUGCCCUAAAAGUUAACCUUGCCGUGGAUUAAACUGUCUUUGAUCGGUUUUUUUUAUGUAUCUUUGAAUAAAGGGGUCAUUCAUAGAGACAUGAACAAACAGUAAUACUCGCUUCUGUGGGGAAUGUAUUCAAAAUUCUGAGUCAACAUUGUAAUGAACAUUCUCUGCAAUGCAUAUGGGUCUAGUUUAUUCCAUGGUGUGGGUUCGCACGUAGAUAUUAUAAAUUUGUCCCGGCCUUAAUGAAAUGGAGUUUUAUCCAGCUUUCAGGAAGGCCAGACCAAUCAACUAAUUGGUAAAGUAUCAAAAUUUUUUUGUAAAAAUCAAUACUUUGUUGUAUUAUAUGAUUUUGUCUAGAGUUAAGCGACUUGAGACUACCGACUUACGCUAUUGUUGUAUUGUUAUUUUUAAAAAUAUACCAUUGUGGAAACGAUUGGA